AUGGACAGCGAGUUGAGCUUUCCCCCUGGGACUUCCCGUCUCCUGAGUCGAUCUGAGAUUAUACUCGUUCCAACACCAUCGCAAGACCCCAAUGAUCCUCUGAAUUGGAGCAAACGCCGAAAAGCAUGGAACUUCACCCUAGUCCUCGCCGUAACAGUAGCAUUCUUCUCAGCCGUCGUUAUGCAAAUGGUCCUAUGGCAGCAAAUGAUCAUCGAUAUGCACGUAACCUAUGACCAGCUCAACUACGGCGUCGCCUUCAACUCAGCUGGUCUCGCCCUCGGAAGUUUUCUCUUUAUCCCACUCGCUCGAAAGUACGGUUCUAGGCCUUGCUAUAUCCUCUCCACUGGUCUUAUGGCUGCUGUGUCGUGGUGGAGUGGGAGGAUGGAGACGGUAGGGGAGAUGUAUGUUACGAAUUUCCUCUCGGGGCUGGCGGCGAGUAUUAAUGAGACGAUUUCGGAAAUCACGAUUGCGGACUUGUUCUUUGUUCAUCAAAGGGGUACUGCGAAUGGGUUUUAUAUCAUGGCUGUCAUGGUCGGUCAAUUCGUCUGUCCUUGCAUCGUGGGUGUGCAAGCAGCUGCCCAAGACUGGCGAUGGACAUACUACACCACUGGUAUUGUCCUGACCAUCCUCUUCCUCCUCUUCAUCUUCUGCUUUGAAGAAACAAAGUUCAUUCCCGUCACCGUCGGCGAAACACGCAACACCUCAAGCCAAGACACACCUACAUUCAAGAGUCACCCUAAGGACGGUCUAAACCAGGCAGACAUCCAAGAAUCGGACCUCAACUCAGAAACCCAUCCACCUCGCCUGAAAUACAAACAAAGAAUGCGCUUCAUAACACGCACAGACGAACCUCUCUGGCGUAACUAUCUCGUCCCUCUCAAAAUGUUUCUCUUCCCGCACGUUCUCUUUUCCGCACUUCAAGUAGCUAGCUGCGUUGCCUUUCUCAUUCUUCUCACGUCAUCUAUCUCCAUGAUCUUCUCUGCACCGCCGUAUAACUUCAACACAGCGGGUGUAGGGCUCAUGUCGCUAGGUCCAUUUGUUGGCAACUUUCUGGGGAGUGUCUACGGCGGUGUGUUUGGUGAUUGGGUUGUUGUUAAGUUAGCGAAGAGGAAUAGGGGGGUUUUUGAACCGGAGAUGAGGUUGUAUAUUCUGCUGUUGCCGGCGCUGCUUAUGGGUGGGGGACUUGUGCUCUUUGGUAUAUCUGCUGAUAAGGGCUGGCACUGGAUCUAUCCUAGUAUUGGAGGUGCCAUGUUUGGGUUUGGGAUGGCAUCCAUGAUCGAUAUCUCAUGCACCAUCAUCAUCGACAUUUACCAAACCCUUACAGCAGAAGCCUUCAUCUCUGUGACGUUCAUCCGCAACAUUCCUUCGAUUGGAGUCCCAUUUGGCGUGGUUGGCUGGAUGACAUCCAUCGGCAUCUCAAAACUCUUCAUCAUCAGCGGAUGCGUCGCUACCGCUGUCUGUUUGUUAUUUAUUCCCUGCGCUAUUUACGGCCGACGUGUUCGUGAAAACACAUGGCAGAUGUAUGAAUCUGUACGGGAGCUGAAAGGAGCGGCUCGACACUAG